AUGUCGGCCAACACCGUGGCCAAGGCGACGGCGGCGCCCAUGUCCGGGUCAUCCGACCCCUCGCCGUCCUCGUCCGCCGCGGCGUCCCCGCUCGCGCUGCUCCGCCCGCACCCGCACGCCCACGCCCAUGCGGGACACCUGACGCCGCCCUCGCCGGCGUCCGGGGGCCCCGCGCCGCCGCCGCCAUCCCCGGCGUCCGCGCCACGGGACUACCGCAAGGGCAACUGGACCCUCCACGAGACGCUCAUCCUCAUCACGGCCAAGCGGCUGGACGACGACCGCCGGGCCGGCGCUGGCGGGGCCGCCCACGGCCACGGCCACGGGUCGCCCACGACGCCGCGGUCGGCGGAGCAGCGGUGGAAGUGGGUGGAGAACUACUGCUGGAACCACGGCUGCCUGCGCAGCCAGAACCAGUGCAACGACAAGUGGGACAACCUCCUGCGCGACUACAAGAAGGUCCGCGACUACGAGUCCCGCACCGCCGCGGCUGCCACCGCCACCGCCGCGGCGACCGGCGGCGGCGGCGGCACGGGCGCCCUCCCGUCCUACUGGUCCAUGGAGCGGCACGAGCGCAAGGACCGCAACCUCCCCACCAACCUGGCGCCCGAGGUGUUCGACGCGCUGACGGACGUGCUCUCCCGCCGCGCCGCGCGGCGCGGGGGCGCGGCGAUCGCGGCCGCCCCGCCACCCCAGCUCGCGCUGCCGCCGCCCCCGCCCCCGCCCCCGCCUCCACCAGCGCCGCCAUCCCCGCCGAAGCCCCUCGUCGCGCAGCCCCGCGCCCCGCCGCCGCCUCCCCUGCCGCUUCCGACGGCGGUGGCGCCGCCGGCGACGUCGGUUUCCGCUGAGGAGCUGACGGGGUCGUCGGAGUCCGGCGAGGAUGAGGACGGGUCGGAGGAGGAGGAGGGCGAGGAGCCGGAGCCGAAGCGGCGGCGUCUGAACCGCCUGAGCUCGAGCGUGGUGCGCAGCGCGACGGUGCUGGCGCGCACCCUGGUGGCGUGCGAGGAGAAGCGGGAGCGGCGGCACCGGGAGGUCCUGGAGCUGGAGGAGCGGCGGCUGCGGCUGGAGGAGCAGCGCACGGAGGUGCGGCGCCAGGGCUUCGCGGGCCUCAUCUCCGCAGUCAACAGCCUCUCCACCGCCAUCAACGCGCUCGUCUCCGACCACCGCAGCGGCGACUCCGCCUCCCGGUGACCGCCGCCGGCGGUCGUCGUCCAUUCGCCGAUCGCCUAGCUCGUGCCCUCCACCGUACCUAGCUAGCGUUCGCAUUGUGCAAUCUGAGAGGUGUAAAUAAGGUGAUGAUUGAUCGAUUGUGUUGGAGAGGCUCUGACUAGAAAAUAUUUUUUGGAGGUGCGUCGCUAGCGUUGUUGGUCGCGUGCAUGCAGGCAUCAUCGAUUUCAGCAUGUCCUAGCUAGCUAGGUGUCUUGUUCCUGGCCGGUUUGAUUUGAUGAGCUCCUUC